AAUUCAGCAGCACAAAUGAUUGAUGAUUCUUCUGAUAGCGAUGAUGAUUUUGGUCCUUCACAACAUAAGCAAGAUAUGCAAUUGGAAAAAUUAGAAAAUCAGCCUUUUCAUCGAAGAACUCGAAAAGAGCCACAGAAAUUUAAUGAAAAUCAACUCAAAUCUAAUUUGUUGCAUUUACUAAAGUCAUUAGACUACGAUAUUGACGAAAAUGCUGAAAUAGAAGAUGCUGGUUUGCUUACUAUUCUCGAAUACUGCUUAGAAAAUUCAACAGCAUGCUAUUUGUGCUUUGAAAAAUUUAUCAAUGCUCUUGGUUAUAAUACAGUACAUUUUUGGCGAUAUGCAGUACCAUAUAUUUAUGAUUCCGAUCUAACAUACGGUACUAAAUUUCGUGAUUCGCUGUUAUUCAGCUUAACUCUGUUUGAUGUAAGCAAUGCAAGAAAUAAAUUGAGAUAG